UAGAGGAGGGGGCUUCCCCGGAGGAUGCCCGGCGGCCGCUCGCCUCUCCUAGGCGCUAGCUGAGCCGGACCGAGAGCGGGCGGUGCGUCGCCAUGCCGGCGUGACGGGCGCCCCCGGCUGCCCGCGCGGGCCCCCGCGCUGCCCCGCGCCGCGCCGGCGCCGGGUGGCAGGAUGGGCUGUAUCCAAAGCAUCACCUGCAAGGCGCGGAUCCGGCGCGAAAACAUCGUGGUGUACGAUGUGUGCGCCACCAUCGACCAGUGCCCCACGCGCAUUGAGGAGACCUCGCCCAUCGUCCUGCGCUAUAAGACCCCCUACUUCAAAGCCUCGGCCCGCGUGGUCAUGCCCCCCAUCCCCCGCCACGAGACCUGGGUGGUGGGCUGGAUCCAGGCGUGCAACCAGAUGGAGUUCUUCAACACCUACAGCGACCUGGGCAUGUCAAGCUGGGAACUGCCUGACUUGAGGGAAGGGAGAGUAAAAGCCAUCAGUGACUCAGAUGGGGUGAGCUACCCUUGGUACGGGAACACCACAGAAACUGUGACCCUGGUUGGCCCCACCAACAAGAUCUCCAGGUUCUCCGUCAGCAUGAAUGACAACUUCUACCCCAGUGUGACGUGGGCAGUGCCUGUGAGUGACAGCAAUGUGCCGCUGCUCACGAGGAUCAAGAGGGACCAAAGUUUCACAACCUGGCUGGUGGCCAUGAACACUACCACCAAGGAGAAGAUCAUUUUGCAGACCAUCAAGUGGAGGAUGAGGGUGGACAUUGAGGUGGACCCUCUUCAGCUCCUGGGGCAAAGGGCCCGGCUGGUGGGCAGGACUCAGCAGGAGCAGCCCCGGAUCCUGAGCCGGAUGGAACCCAUCCCUGCCAACGCACUAGUGAAACCCAAUGCCAAUGAUGCCCAGGUCCUCAUGUGGAGGCCCAAGCGGGGGCCGCCUCUGGUUGUGAUCCCUCCUAAGUAGAAGCAGACUGGCCUGACUGUGUGAGGAGCACAUGUCAUCGAGGCACACAGUGAGGUUGCCAGGGGUGACAGGAGCCAAACAGAGUUUCUGAGCCAAAGCAGACCUCUCGGUUUGCCAGCCUUUGCAGCCACUUGUGAAGAGUAGGGCUGCUCCUUGGGUGGUAGAACCAUAAUCCCUAGGAAAAAUCCCUUCCUUUUAUGAGUAAAGAAAUCACUGAUUUGACAGACUUGCUGUGAUUACCAUGCAAGUAGCCAUAUUCGGAGCUGACCCGGAUGAUUCUUUUAUCAGAACUAUUGACCAUUUCUUUCCUGUGAGAUGCAGGGGAUGGAAACGAAAUUAAACAGUGCCUGUGGCAAAUGCUGCUUCCCAACCAAUUACAAGUGGAAGUGAAAACAUCCACAACCAGGUCUCCUAGUAGGACAAGGCAAGCCCAGCAAGCAGAACCACAUGGCAGAGACUGAGGAGGAGGAAAUGAGCAGUGGCUGGUGGCUCCAGAAGCUGAAGCCCUGGACAGCUGAUUUCCCAUUAAAGCUAGUACCAUCCUGUCUCCUCACCAUCCUUCCAUCCAUGACCAGUGCCUCCUACUCACUCUACCGUGUGCCACGUGGCACUCUCCGUGGGCUGGCUGGUCUGUCUGAUUGGCUCAUGGAGAGUUGUGUUGAAGUGGGAGUUGUGCCUGCUGUAUCUUGUGUGUGUGUGGAAAGAUUGGGUUCAUCCAGAUAUCAAUUCUGUUCCCAAACCUCUAAUUGAAGGCUCCCAGGGAUAAAGAGCUGGACAACCUGGACUUCAAAUACCAAACAUGGCCCAGCUUCUGGUUCCCAAACUCCGCUUUCCCUCUCUACACCUUUUAGUAGGAAACGGAGAGAACAGUUUUCUUCCCUCUUCCUCCCUCCUCCAUGUGGGCGGCCAGUGUUAAUACUCUUGAGAUUUUUCAGAGGUCUCUGAUCACUGGAGAGCUAGGGCCAAAGCAGUCCUGGUUCCCUCUUCUGCGGCCAGGCUGGGUGCCUUCACAUGACCAAGGGCAAAUUGUAUGUCACUAGGAUCAAUGGGGUGAGAAGAGAACCACCCUGAGGGCAAAAGUCAUGUGCAUUGUUUUAUUUAUUGGUUUAUUUAUUGUUUUGCCUACUGAUUUAUUUAUUUAUGAAGUAUGUACUUACUAAACAGCAGAAAAUCUGCUCCCAUCUUUGAAUACCCAGCCCCAGAAUUUGUCCUCUUGGUCCCAAAGAGCACAGUGAGUUAUUCCUUUUUGAAACUACAGACAAGAGCGGGAAAACCCUCUCUCUAUCCCCAAACACCUCCACCCAGCCAUAUUUUCACCUAGAAUUGGGAUCAGAAACCACCAACUGGUGAGGAUCUAAAGCAGCACAAAUCAGCAGAGACUCUACUGUCCAAACCGAAGCUCUUAGAAUUCCCCUUCCUACCCUAAUCCUCCCCUUUUCCUCCUUCAUGCACACAGGUGGGGAUUGGCCAGCUGGCUCCAGCCUGACCAUCUCAGGACUAAGACUUAUCAUUUUAGUGAUGCAGAAUUCUUAAUGCCAGAUACACAUUAGAGUCAUCUGAAUAAAUUUUUAAAAUAUCCAUGCCUGGUUCCCUCCCCCAGACCAGUUGCUGCAGAAUCUUAAGGGGUAGAACCUGCGCGUCAGUGUGUUUUAAGUUACCCAGAUGAUUCUAAUGUGAGACUAGGGUUAGGACGCUCUUCUAGUAUCUUCCCUCCUUUGUCUUUCCCUACCACCUGGAUCCCUUCAUCUUUUGGUUCCCAAGCUUCCUUGGGCACCAAGAAUGGGAAAAACCUUUGAUGAAUGACAAAAUCUUCUUCCCAUUCCAUUAGUCCCUCCUCCUCACUGAACCUUCCCCAUCAGUUCAGUCAAUCUGAGCAGAUCUCUGAAGAGUUAUAUCCUGAGGCUGAUAACUGAACACAGCCUGGGGGCUGCUCUCAGCUAAUUCUCUGCUUUUCUAGGAGCAGAAACUUCCACGUUCUCUCUCCACCUGCAGUCUCCCAAAUGCCAAAGGUUUAAAGGGUACUUUGGUGGCAUUUCUGUCUCCAAAUCCCAAUCCCAAUGGUAAGAUCCAUGCCCAGUCCUUUUAACCUAAGCCUUGGCCAUUUCUGCAGAGCCACUGAAUUGGUCUACUAAGUAACAGAAGGAGUCACAUUUCCCCAAGCCAGCCCUUUCCCCAGCAACCUGGCAACGCCAUCAUGCACCCAAAUCCUAGAAGGCUGAGAAGUGACAUCUACUCCUUCACAUUUAUGAGAUCUCCACUGCUGAGUGAGAGUAAAUGUGUGUGUGUAUGUGUGUACCUGUGCAUACUCUGUCUAUAUACAAACCAUAUAGAUCUAUAGAUAUGCUGGAUUUCACUUUAUGUGUAAUUAUACUCUACAUGAAGACAAUUAAGGACUUUCAUAGUCCUUCACUCAAUGGCGUUGCACUAUACUAUGAUCAUGAUGGACCCAAGUGAAUUCCAGAUUAGGUAUAUAGAGAGAUUAUAAUAUGUACAAACUGUUAGACACACACACACACACACAAACACAUAUGCACACACAGUCCAGGGAAACCUGUGAAGUGGGAAGAGUUCUUUUUUUUUACACCAUCUCCCCCAACUUAGCAACUUCCCCAGAGCAGGUACAAUUUCACACACUCAGCUGCCCAGCCUUUCCCCCUCCAGCAUCCCAUACCACCAAGAUUUCUUUCCCUGUUGAUCAAGAUAUCCCUGCCCUAAGUCCCAUCUCUCAGGGUCCUACCCUCUGAUAGGCAACAGUUUAGUCAGUGGGUGCUAAGGAGUUGAGUGGCACCCUUCCCAGGUGACAUUUAUGUUUUAAUAGGGGCUACAGCUAAUGCCUUAAAUUGAAGAAGUGGCUCUAAUGGUGGGAAUUUCAGGCACAGUAGUGGGCCAGUAAGGGGGAUUAUUUUUUAUCAGGAAGCCUUUUUAGAGUCCUCCCACCCCCAAUCAUACCUGUCUCUAAGAUCAACCCUUCAAACUUGCAUGAGCACAAGCAAGCACACUUACCCACAUACACUUUCCAUAAUUUUGAGACACCUCCCUUAUAUUGGCCCUAUCUUUUAAAAUGAAGAAAAAAAAAAGAAUAGGAUCCAGCUAAAUUAAUUUAAACCUCACUGGGAAACGUAGCCUAUUUUUCACCGACUGCCAGCCG